AAAAUAAAAAUAAGCAAAACAAAUGAAUGGUCCAUUUGUACAGGGGACUGCUGAGGACUUGUAAGGCCGAACCAACAUCAUGAUGAUGUCAACAGCCCUAGCUAACUCGGUCCAUUUCGAGAACUGGACCGCCAACCAUGUGGCUGAAUGGCUAAGAGGUUUGGAUGAUGUUAUUCUCCCGUAUGUACAUUUCUUCCUCAACAAUGGUAUAGAUGGCAAGAAACUGAUGCUGUUGACACCAUUUGACCUUGAGAAAAUCAGUAUCAUGAAGGUCGGACACCAGGAACUUAUCCUAGAAGCUGUAGAUCUGCUGAAGUCUCUACGCUACGGGUAUGAAACCGAGACUCUCCAACACUUGGCAUUACAGCUUGGAUGUAAAGCUCGCAGUUUACAUAAUGAAAUUCAAGCCAAGUCAUUAGAAAAUGAUAAAAAUCGAGCAAACAUUUCACAGGGCCCUCCAUCCAGAAGACUAUCUAUAAAGAUUCUAUCUGCACUGGCUGACCUCAGUAUGACAUUGAAAAAUGUGGUGUCAUGGCUAGACAGAUCUCCAUUUGAAUCAAUGUACGGCCUAUGUCUUUUGAGGAAUACCAUUGUUAAGCUUGGAAUCGACCUGGUGUCAUCUUAUCAAAAAGACAGUAGACAAACUGAUAUAGAGGAGAACAUCUCAAAAUCGUGUAUGAUCCUGACGGAGGUUUGUGAUGAGUUAGUGAUUAAAAACAAGGAGUCCCUGGUCGUACAACCUGCAUCCCUUGAACAGGCUACGAUCAGGAAGAAGCCCGGAGAGGAACUCGGGAUGCAUAUCCAGUCAUCCUACUAUGGAAUUCAUGUGAUUGGUGGUAUCAAGGAAAUGUCACCAGCCGAUUUAUGUGGUAAAAUCGAGAAAGGGGAUGAGGUGAUUCAAGUCAACCACAAAACUGUGGUCGGCUGGCAGCUGACAAAGCUAGUAAACUCACUAAAGGAGAAACCUAAGGAGGUAGUACUGGUGCUGAAGAAGCGACCACACCAUAUUAUGCCCUAUGGACAUGUCGCUAACAAAAAGAAGCAAAUGACCAAGGUGGCUGUUUCUACUCUGCCAAAGUCCAUCAAGAAACGGCGGUCAAGAGAAGGAGGUGACCCGAAACAAGUACGUCCUUCCCUACAGGAGCUUGUCAGUACAGUUCAGACAGAUGAUAUGGACUCGCCAAGAGAGGAAAGAACAUCCGAUGAAAAAGAUGAUGGUAAUGACACUGACAACGAUGUGUUCCGAAGUGGUUCCGAGUCCCCACAGUACGUGAAGCCGAGUGUAGUCGAUCCUAAACAGCGCCGUGCCACCGUAAGUGGUGGAUCACCGACACUCAGUCGAACUCUUCUGGGACCUGAAGACAUUGAAACACCUACACGACCAAAAUCUUUCACAGUCUCGGCAACAGAUGCUCCACAAAUCGAAUAUCGGGAUCAUGGAAUACCAGGUGAGGACAGUAAUUUACUGCGACUAGGGGAUGCCAAUAAGAUAAUAAAUGCCCAUCAGAAACGACAGGAGUUCCGCACUGCCAAGUCCGUUCCCCAGUCCCUGGAGUUUGUGGUGAAGAAACCCACACCCACAGUCCAGGAACCAACACCCCGACUCAGAGUCACGAGGGCUGAUCAGAAUAUCGAACUUAUAACCGAUCCUCCGGACCCGGAUGAUCAAUCAGCUUCACUCGGACUCCUUGAAGUUCCUUCCAGAUUCCAGAAUUUUGCUACCGGUUCCCAGGGAACUGAUGAGGAAAUAGACACCUCGGAUACACAACCACACAUUUCUGCCACCUCCUCAAGUGACACCCUCACAGAGGAUACUGUCAAAUCUGAAGAAAAUCUCAGAGUAUCUCACUCUCCGCAACCCUCCCUGUCACCCCAACCUCCCUCCCUCUCACCCCAACCUCUGUCCCAGUCAUCAAGCCAGCAGCCUCAAUCUCAUCCUCCACAGCCCAAAUCUCGUUCAACACAGUCGCAAUCUCGCUCUUUGCAGUCACAGUCUAAUCUUCCACAGCCUGAAUGUCAUCCUCCACAGCCUCAGUCACGAUCUCUACAAAGUAAAGAAUCUUCAGAGUCUGGAAUCAGUGCUGAACUGUCAAUCAAACAUACACCAGACCAGGAAGUAGUUGGUUUAGGUGACUUACCAUCGGAGGAAGACGUUGGUGAAGUGUUCGCUGAGGAGACGAUGCCUGGGGUGGCAGCAGAGACUGCAAGUACCGAGACCUUCACUGACCAAAAGAUGGACGCCAACUAUAACAAUGCCACACAGGAGGCUACUAACACCAGCGCUACAAACAAUUCUGAAAUCCUCGAUCCUAACGGCAACACUUCGGCUACGGCCACUGACAAUCAAAAUCUAGCUAAUGCCAACAAUAAUCUCAAUCUGAGGUCACAGAGUUCAUUAAACAAGUUUGAUCCCAUCACAAAUAAACCAAUACCUGCGGAGAGACACUCUAUAAAGCCGUCAAUCCCUCGGACAUCAGCGAAAGAUGGUUUGAUUGAGGCAAGAGCAGUUGACUUAGAGAAGCCACGUCAGACCUCAGAUUCGGGUGAGGUGGCGUUUCCACAGAAACAGAAGAACCAGCCACAACUCAUGGGCUAUCGCAAGAUCGGCUCCUUUACACAAGCUGAUAAGGACCCACCAGGACAACGCUGGAGUGCUAGUAGCAGCCCUGGGUCUCAGCGCCGGUCAGAUGCCUCCCUGGACAGUGUAGCCUCUUCAGUCUUAGAGGAAUCAGCCAAUUACAAGGUGGUGAUAGUGAGUGGGGUCCCCCAGAGGAUCCCGUUGGAGAAGACCCCCUCUAUGGAGUCAAGUGGGAGUGUUAUAUUACGGCCAAAAAAGACAAAGAAAGUUGACCGGCGUGUGUCAUGUAGGGACCUUGGAGAGGGUGACUGCCAGGGUUGGCUUUGGAAAGGCAAGAAUCGUGGGGAUGGACCACUGUCUCGACAUUGGCUUAAGCGUUGGUGUGUCCUCAAACAUCAGAAUAUGUUCUUCUUCAAAGAUAAGGAGGACAUGAAAGCAGAAGGAGUCAUACAUUUGCCAGCAUUUCAAGUAUCCCCAGCAUCCAAGGACGAGGUUAAGACAAAAAAAUUUACUGGUGCAUUCAAAGUCCACAAUGCUGGGACAACCUUCAUUUUUGCCUCGGAGAGGAUUGAGGACAUGUCCAAAUGGAUGGUUAAGUUUGGACUGGCUUCAAUCGGAUUCAAACCAACACCCCAAGUGAAUAGAGAUCACGAUCCAAGCUUCAGUGAGAGUGAUGAAGAGCCAGACGAUGGAUCUUCGACUAGUAAGAACAGCUCUGAAUCCCUAACAAGUCUACCCACCUCCCCAUGUGACCAAACGUCCCUGGAUUCUGUACCUAACUCCCCAGAUAACGUGUGUUCCACUAACACUACCAUCCAGGAGUACCCUGAACCACUGUCUAACUGUACAGCCAGUAUGCAGGAGAGUACAGAGGACCUGGGCAUUCUAAUGAGGCAAAUACAGAGACAAGAUCUGACUCUCGAUGGAACUGACCGAGGAAAACAGAGGAAGACCUUACUCAGCAUUGGCGGGGAUGAUUUUCCCAGUCGAGACACAAUCAAGAAAGUCAAGCAGCUUCACUCACUGGAGCGAACCGUCCGCGCAAAAGAGAAGGAGCUCGCUGAGAUAGAGAAAUUAUUAUCACUGCCAUCAAAGUGUGGACUGAAGUCAUUCCAGGAGGCGUACAUGAAGACCUCACCCACAGAACCACAAAGUAACAUUUCUAGUGAUUCAGACUCCGAGGUGUCAUCCUAUAUCUGAGUGACCAAAUGACACUGGUGAUAGGAGUUGGACGGAUUUAGCUGUGUAUCAUGAACCUCAUCCUAGCUAACAGUGACAUACUGGAUUAUAGAUCAUGGAAUCAAUAAUAAUAAAUGUUAACCAUGGAAUUACCUGGUAUAGAUCACCAGUGUUCUAGGAUAUCCUGUGUAAUGGUUUUAAUGUGUUGUGAUGUGGGGUAAUGUCCUAUUUACAUAAGUAGGAAUCAUGUGGAACUGGAUUCCAUUAUACACAAGUGAUCAGAUUCUACAAGUGAAUUCCUUUGGCAUUACCCUAAUUCGGGUUUAUUGAAGUUUUGUAAAGCCUACAAAUAUUUCCCUCUGUGAGGUUUUGAAUAACUUCAAGAUCUUUUUUGUACCAAUCGUACAAACAGUCAUACUAAGAAUGGCGGGAGCUCCUCAGCAUCACUGACAUAACUUUGCUGUUUUUAUAACAAAGAAACAACAGCUUGACAACUGGUUCAUUAAAAAGUGGUUCUAUGGUGAUAUUGAUAAUGUGAUAUAUUUGAAUGUGAUAUUAGGAUUGUUUCCUUGGUAACCAUGCAGGAUGAAGCACUGAAGCUUGUUUCUAGCAUCUAGUUGAUAUUCUGUGCAAUGUAUACAUAGCUGGUUACACUAACGGGCUAUCUAAAGACACCUAGAAACUUUCCUGUUCAGUGUUUAUUUGUUUGUGAUAUUUGUAAAAAUGGAAACGAAUCCGGACCCACUGGUGUUACAUGUAUCAGGUUUUGUCCUCAUCAAAAUUAUCUUUAUCGGGUCGGGUUCAUGUCACAGCUGCAGGGAAGGUUAAUAUUAUCAAAUUAGAUUUUCAUGAGUCUUUACUUCAAUUCAGGGCAGUAAGAAUAUUGAAUGUAGUCUUAACUGAGAACUGAGCAUUGAGUGUCAGCUUACUAAAUGGGCAUCAAGUGUUUACUUACUAUGACCUGAGCAUUGAGUGUGGACUAAACUUAGAACUGAGCGUUGAGUGUUGACUCAAAUGAGAAAUGAGCAUUGAGUGUUGACUCAAAUGAGAAAUGAGGCAUUGAGUGUCUGCUUAAUGAGAAUGUAACUCGGAAAGAGAAAUAUUCCUUAUGAUAUCCUGUGUAAUAUUGUAACAACCAAAGACCACAGCAUUAGAUGUUUCCCCUGUAACCUGUAGUACUAAUGCCUGUAUACUUAUGCUUUACUAUAUAAGGACAUACAAAUCCAUACAUUCCCAUGAUUCCAUAUGGUACCAUUGUGAUGUUGUCAUUGAUAUUAAUUUACAUUUUCUUUAAGUACUUAGCAUCUUUUAAUCUUGCUUUAAGAGUUUGAUAAACUUAAUGAGCAUCUCAGCGAUUUAUUUGAGAGUUACCAUAAACGGCCAUUGUCAAAAUCAUAUCACUGGUUUGUCUGAGGGUUAACAUAAAUAGCCAUUGUCAUAAUCAUCUCAGCGAUUUGUCUGAGGGUUAACAUAAACGGCCAUUGUCAUAAUCAUCUCAGCUAUUUGUCUGAGGGUUAACAUAAACGGCCAUUGUCAUAAUCAUCUCAGCUAUUUGUCUGAGGGUUAACAUAAACGGCCAUUGUCAUAAUCAUCUCAGCGAUUUGUCUGAGGGUUAACAUAAACCGCCAUUGUCAUGAUCAUCUCAGCGAUUUGUCUGAGGGUUAACAUAAACGGCCAUUGUCAUGAUCAUCUCAGCGAUUUGUCUGAGGGUUAACAUAACAGUUAUUGUCAUAAUCAUCUCAGUGAUUUGUCUGAGGGUUAACAUAAACGGCCAUUGUCAUGAUCAUCUCAGCGAUUUGUCUGAGGGUUAACAUAAACGGCCAUUGUCAUAAUCAUCUCAGCGAUUUGUCUGAGGGUUAACAUAAACGGCCAUUGUCAUAAUCAUCUCAGCGAUUUGUCUGAGGGUUAACAUAAACGGCCAUUGUCAUAAUCAUCUCAGCAAUUUGUCUGAGGGUUAACAUAAACGGCCAUUGUCAUAAUCAUCUCAGCGAUUUAUUUGAGAGUUACCAUAAACGGUCAUUGUCAAAAUCAUAUCACUGGUUUGUCUGAGGGUUAACAUAAAUGGCCAUUGUCAUAAUCAUCUCAGCGAUUUGUCUGAGGGUUAACAUAAAUGGCCAUUGUCAUGAGCAGCUCAGCGAUUUGUCUGAGCUGGGUUAACAUAAACGGCCAUUGUCAUGAUCAUCUCAGCGAUUUGUCUGAGGGUUAACAUAAACGGCCAUUGUCAUAAUCAUCUCAGCGAUUUGUCUGAGGGUUAACAUAAACGGUCAUUGUCAAAAUCAUAUCACUGGUUUGUCUGAGGGUUAACAUAAAUGGCCAUUGUCAUAAUCAUCUCAGCGAUUUGUCUGAGGGUUAACAUAAAUGGCCAUUGUCAUAAUCAUCUCAGCGAUUUGUCUGAGGGUUAACAUAAACGGCCAUUGUCAUGAUCAUCUCAGCGAUUUAUUUGAGAGUUACCAUAAACGGUCAUUGUCAAAAUCAUAUCACUGGUUUGUCUGAGGGUUAACAUAAAUGGCCAUUGUCAUGAGCAGCUCAGCGAUUUGUCUGAGGGUUAACAUAAACGGCCAUUGUCAUAAUCAUCUCAGCGAUUUGUCUGAGGGUUAACGUAAACGGCCAUUGUCAUGAUAAUGUCACUGGUUUACAUGUAUCUGCUAACUUAGCAGACAGAUAAUUAUAAUUGGUGUGUGUAUAUUUGUGUCUGAUAAGCAUAGCUUACCUUAGCUAUCAAUUUAGUGAAUUACUUCAUGCAUAUCUAUUGUUUAUCAGCUUGCAAUUGUUAUUGUUCUCAUUUGGACAUAACAUAUUCACUCCAUUGUUACCAUAUUGUUUAAUGGUGAAUUUUGAAGAGUAUAUCUGAUGCAUUGUGGUGACUUGAAUUUCCGAAUUGAAUUAACAGCUUAAUUUCCGUAUUACAUAUAAAUCACAAGUACAAUAUAAAUAUGACACUUGCAAAAUUAUGUUUUUGUAGUAAAUUUUCACUGGCCAUGACAUUAAAAUUUGAUCCAUUGAGAGAGAUGAAUAUUAUUCUGGAUGAAAAGUUUUGAUUUUGAGGUAAUUCGACUGGUGAUAAGCUGUUACAGUGUAGAAGUGUAGGAUCGUAAGUUUAUUAGUGAUUCGACUGUUUACACCACAGAAGUAAAGACACUUUAUUACUUGUAUUGACAUGGUGUAACAUUGUGUGUCGAGUCACUGAUUGUUAUCUCUCUCUCUCCCCUCCGCACCCCCCCCCCCCCCCCCCCCCCUCCCAAAUGUUAAUUCAAUUUGCUACAUUCAUAUCACAUGUUGAAAGUAUAUUAUGUUAAUGGGUACUUAAUAUAGAUGAAAUCAUUGUUAUUUUACUAAACUCACAUUACCAAAGGUUUGUGUUCAUGUGUUCAUGCAGCCACAAGUUGUUAAAGGGUGGACGAGGGGACAGUAUUUCUGGUAAAACAAUUAAACACAUUUAGUCUGUAACUUAGGUCAGCUUAGUAGCCAAUCAACUCCUUGUAUGGAAGGGUGCUAAGAAUUUAUUUAAAAGUAAAUUUAAUGUAUUGAAAAUAAACAAUAUUUAAUCGUGAAGAUUUUGAUACCUUCCUGUUCUCUGUCCAAAAUACAUUGUUUACUUUUUCUGUCAGGGAUUAUUUAUAUACAUGUACAACAACACAGAGAAGGUCGCAAAGUAUACCUAGUAUAUACUUUUCACUGAAGUUAAUAUUUCAUUCAUAUAAGUAAGUUAAAUACCUGUAACCAUUGUAAGCUAGCUAUAGGCUUCAUUUCAGAAAGGGAGAUAACUUGUACAGUUUUUACAGACACAGAUAAUGUUCACUAUUUAUUAUUGAAAAUUUUUAAUUAAAUCCUGACUUAUAUCAUAUAUCCCAAUUUCUCUGAUUUGCUUCAAAUGGAAAUAAAUAUUUUGUUAUGUUGGCCUUCUGGUCUAUCAUUGUAUACAUGAUAUUGUAUACAACACUUUUCAUAUACAAUUAAUAUAUACUUAUACAUAUAAACUUCCUUUGAAUAGAAAAUGUACUUCUUGUUUACAUUUCAUUCAGAUUGUAGAUCUUGUAAUGUCAUAAUACUGCAAUGCUGAGGCUAUUAUGUGUGUGCUAUAUAUAAGCUAUAAUACAUUACGGACCCAUGGUUACAAGUCAUAUCUGUGUGCCCUCUGUGGCCAACCCCUUGACUACCCAUAGUUACAAGUCAUAUCUGUGAGCUGUCUGUGGACAACCCCUUGACUACCCAUGGUUACAAGUCGUAUCUGUGUGCCCUCCGUGGCCAACCCCUUGACUACCCAUGGUUACAAGUCAUAUCUGUGUGCCCUCUGUGGCCAACCCCUUGACUAUAUAUACCCAUGGUUACAAGUCAUAUCUCUGAGCCCUCCGUGGCCAACCCCUUGACUACCCAUGGUUACAAGUCAUAUCUGUGUGCCCUCUGUGGCCAACCCCUUCACUACCCAUGGUUACAAGUCAUAUCUGUGAGCCCUCCGUGGCCAACCCCUUCACUACCCAUGGUUACAAGUCAUAUCUGUGAGCCCUCCUUGGCCAACCCCUUCACUACCCAUGGUUACAAGUCAUAUCUGUGUGCCCUCUGUGGCCAACCCCUUGACUACCCAUGGUUACAUCUGUGAGCCCUCCGUGGCCAACCCCUUGACUACCCAUGGUUACAAGUCAUAUCUGUGUGCCCUCUGUGGCCAACCCCUUGACUACCCAUGGUUACAAGUCACAUCUGUGAGCCCUCCGUGGCCAACCCCUUGACUACCCAUAGUUACAAGUCACAUCUGUGAGCCCUCCGUGGCCAACCCCUUGACUACCCAUGGUUACAAGUCAUUUCUGUGAGCCCUCCGUGGCCAACCCCUUGACUACCCAUGGUUACAAGUCAUAUCUGUGUGCCCUCCAUGGCCAACCCCUUCACUACCCAUUGUUACGAGUCUGCGGCUAUAUCUAUGUUAUUUUGUGAUGCAUUAUGUGAUCAUAUUAAAAUGUUGAUUUGAAAACAUCA